CAUGACUAUAUAUAUUUUUUGGUCUUGAUAAUGACUACAUAUAUGGCUCGAUCGAUUCCCUUACCAAACAAUCAAAUUCAACUAAGUUUAAUUUAUUCCUUCUCUCUCUCUCUCUCUCUAAAAUGGGGGCAAGUGAUGAAGAAAGGAACAUUAACGGGCAACAAGAUGAUCACCAAGAACAACAACAACAACCAUCCAAAUGGAAAAAGAGUAUCUUCAUUACCAUGCCAUUCAUCAUAGCAAACGAGUCAUUUGAAAAGGUAGCAAGUUAUGGAUUAUUACCAAACAUGAUCGUAUAUUUGAUGAAGGAUUACAAGAUGAGUUUAGCGAAAGGCCAAAAUUUGAUAUACUUUUGGUCAGCUGCUACCAAUUUUUUUCCUCUUAUUGGUGCUUUUGUGGCUGAUUCUUAUCUGGGUCGAUUCCUUACCAUUGCUCUGGGUUCCGUCUUCAGUCUCUUGGGGAUGACUCUACUCUGGCUAACAACAAUGAUCCCAAAUGCAAAGCCACCGCCGUGCAACACCUUAGCCCAUGACUGCAAAUCCCCAACAUCAGGGCAAUAUGCCAUCCUAGUGUUUGCCUUUCUCAUCAUGUCAAUUGGUGCCGGUGGAGUAAGGCCUUGUUCACUAGCUUUCGGCGCUGAUCAAGUAGACCGAAGAGACAAUCCCAAGAAUAAAAAGACUUUGGAACUCUUUUUCAGCUGGUACUAUGCAUGUGGUUGCUUUUCUGUAGUAAUUGCUAUGACAGUAAUAGUGUACAUUCAAGAUCACUUGGGUUGGAAAAUUGGGUUCGGCAUACCAAUUAUUCUUAUGCUCUUAUCGACCAUCUGCCUCUUGCUUGCUACUCCUCUUUAUGUGAUGAAUAAGGUUAAGAGUAAUCUCUUUAUUAGCCUUGUCAGAGUUGCAAUUGUUGCUUUUCGAAACAGAAAAAUUACUCUGCCACCUCCAAGAUCAAAUGUGGAUUACUAUUAUCUUAAGAAAAAUUCGACAAUAACUUCCCCAAGAGAUAGAUUAAGGUGCUUGAAUAAAGCUUGUAUCAUUCAAGAUGUCUACCGCGACAUUGGGUCUGAUGGAAUAGCGAAAAACCCAUGGAAUUUAUGCACGGUAGAGGAAGUUGAAGAGCUAAAGGCUCUUAUAAGAGUCCUUCCCAUAUGGUCGACUGGGGUCUUAAUGUCCAUACACGCGAACCAGAGUUCAUUUGGUGUGGUCCAAGCUUUAUCCAUGGAUAGGCACCUAGGCUCAAAGUUUGAAGUUCCAGCGGCUUCUUUUAUUACGUUUCAAAUCAUGGUCAUAGUGCUAUGGAUUCCUAUCUAUGAUCGCGUACUCCUUCCCUUGGCAUCAAGGAUCAAUGGCAAACCUAUUAGCCUAAGUGUAAAGUUAAGGAUGGGGAUCGGACUCUUUUGUGCAUUCAUGUCAAUGUUUGUAGCCGGAAUUGUGGAAAACAUACGAAGAAAACGAGCCACUAGUGAAGGGUUGGCAAGUAACAAUAGGCAUGCAAUCCUUAUGUCUGCCUUUUGGCUAGUACCCCAAAAUUGCUUAAGUGGCUUAGCUGAGGCCUUCAACGCGAUAGGGCAAAACGAGUUUUAUUACACCGAAAUGCCCAAGAGCAUGUCAAGCAUAGCAACAUGCCUCUUCGGAGUUGGGAUGGGUGUUGCAGGGCUAUUAUCUAGUGUAAUAUUGAACUUGGUGAAUGAUAUUACAACAAAAAGAGGCAAGGAAAGUUGGGUUUCAAGCAACAUCAACAAAGGUCGAUAUGACUAUUUUUAUUGGCUUAUUGCUGCAAUAUGCUUCUUCAAUGUCUUGUUUUAUAUGUUUUGUAGUUGGUGUUAUGAACCUGUUGAUGAGGUGCAUAAGCAGGCUGUCAAUCAAACACCAACAUUGGCUAGACUGGAGAAUAACAGCCUGCCGGCGAACGAAGAAUUGAAAGAGGGCUAGAUUUAUUUGUCGAUAUAUCAUAUAUAUUAUUUGUAACCUUGAUUUAUUAUAUUGAUUGGAGUACAAUGAGAAUAUCCAAGUUUCUCCCCUAGAUAAAUAAGGAAAUUUUAUCAAAUGGCAAGUUAGUAAA